CGAAACUCGGAGGAGCCCAUGUGUUGUGUUGUUUACAAUUGCAACUAAAAACAGCGUGGUUAGUGAGAUCGUCAUGGGAUCGUUUCGACAUCGUGUAAAAGGAAAAGGCAAGAGAUGGAAAAAAGGUCAUAGUUCCAGUUCAAACCCGGAAAUUCAGAAACAUAGAGAUAUUGCCAAAUCUAGGUUCUUUCAGGAAAAUUUGGGACAGAGUGGAUUGACAACUGAGGCACUUAAGAAGCAUGAUGCAUUCACAACAAAAAUGGAUACCGAAUCUUCGGUGGCUGGAGAUUUUGAGGAAGGAACAAUUGGAGGAACGUUCAAGACAUUUCAGACCUUUGCAAGUGACUGGAGUAGUUGCAGUAAUAUGUCAUUUAGUCGGCUCCUGAAUGGUUUCCGAUCAGAUUCUGCUCUUCAUAAAGAAAUGCUUGCUGUAUUAGCAGCAGUUACUGAGGUCAUUAAAUCAUAUAAAGGAAGGGAGUCCUCUGUGGAAUACUUUGCAGCACUGAUGUCAACAUUGGAGAAGAGUGAUACAGAGAUUUCAGUGGCAGCUGUCCUUUCAUUAAUUGGAAUGUGUAUAAAAGGAGUCCCUGAGAGUCUUCUGAAAUUGAAAUUCUCUGAAACAUCAAAAUUGUUAGUUGAUUUACUUGGAAAAUAUUCCGAAACUGAGAACAACGUGAUCCUGAGAACACUUAUAGGGUGUCUAUCAGUGCUACUCAGAGCCCAAGAUGCUGCAGUGUGGACAUAUUCUUCAACAUUGCAAGUUCUUGAUUCUAUCCUCACUUUCACAACUCAUUCAAAACCAAAGGUUCGCAAGGCAGCACAACAUGCUGUCUGUGCAAUACUGAGAGGUAGCAGCAUAAUGCUGGAUGGAGCCCCUACUCCACCACCAGCUCAUCACCCUGCAGCAAAGCAUGUUGCCAAGUUCUGCAACACACAGAUGGAGACAAGUGGUUCUCUCGGAGGCUCCACGACAACACUACAUGUUCUUAAUCUCCUCAAGGAUAUAAUUUUUGCAUUUCCGAAGGCUCAGGUCAAGACGGUGUGUGAGACUGUCCUGAAAAUAAUGACACUUGGAGAUACUCGUAUAAUUUCUUGUGGGCUGCAAGCUUUGCAUGGUCUUUUCAUCUCCCGUCCAUCAUCUAAAACACUACCUGGAGAGCUCAACGCACAACUGGUCGCAGCACUGUUUGACUAUCAACCUGCUGCCAGCGAUACAAGUCCUACUCUCGCUUGGUUGUUAGUCAUGCAGGAAGCGCACAUAAAUUUGGCAAAGGUGGACAUAAAUUUGUGCCUGGCGAAUGUGCCUCGGUUUUUCUCAGUAGCCAUACAGAUGUGGUCAUCUGAACGACCAGAAGUCAGAGCAGGCACUACACAUGCUAUGGAGGCAUUGGCACAGGAGUGUUUCACAGACCACUCUGCAGCCAGUGAUGUGCGAGAUGUAGCUUUGGCAAAGGCAGUAAGCUGUGCACAGGCAGGCUUGAGUUACCAAUAUCAUGAUUCUUGGCCACAUGUCAUGCAUCUUCUUGGAAUUCUGUAUGAGGUAGCAUUAGAAAAGGAUUAUAAACUCUUUCUACCUUCAUUGAAGAUACUGGGUGAUUUACGUGACUCUCACCAAUUUUCUUAUUCCCGAGAAUUGGAGUAUGCUGUUGGAAAGGCAAUUCGCUCUUUGGGACCCAGAACAGUCCUCAGUGCAAUUCCAUUAGAGCUUGUUGGUGAAGAGAGAACGUAUGACUUUAAACGCAGUUGGCUUCUUCCAGUUUUAAGAGAUAAUAUUCAGAAUGCUGAGCUUCGAUACUUUGUGCAGUUUUUUCUUCCAUUGGCGUCAAGAUGCAGGGAAAAAUCUGUUGAGUGUGAGAAGCUAAAUGACAUGGUUGGUGCUCACAGUUAUGACCUGCUGCAAUCACAGAUUUGGGCCCUUUUACCUGGCUUCUGUAACAGACCAUCUGACAUAAAAGAGAAUUUCAAGAGCAUUGCAAGAAUCCUGGGUACGGCAAUUAAUGAACGCAAGGACCUACGUCUUUCUGUCAUGGCAUCAUUGAGGAAAUUGAUUUCUGGAAGUAAAGAAAUGAAUAAUGAGGAAGAUCUGGCAGAAUUGUCAAGAUUUGCAAAAAAUUUUCUUCCAAUUCUCUUUAAUCUGUAUACUAUUAAAGCUAAAGGAUCUGAUGAAGAUGGCCACAGACUAUCUGCAUAUGAAACGAUCAAGGUGUAUUUAGAAAUAACAGACUCUCCUCUUCGGAACGACUUGUUUGACCGGGCAGUCAUUAAGCUGAAUGCUGAAGAUUCUGAUGACUUUGUUAAAAAGAGCAUUCUUGACCUACUACGACUAUUGCUGCCAUAUCAGGAUGUUGAGAGGCUUUCUAAACUGUAUGAGCAUUGUAAGCAGUUAGUACCUCAAAUCAAAGAUCGCCAGCAGCAGAAGAAAUCUUAUAGGUUGUUGGAAGAAUUGUGCAGCAGUAAAUCUGAAAGCUGCCAAAAGUUUGUGAAAGAAAAUUUAUCAGAUUUGAAGGCACUUUUGAUUACCUCACUUUCAAAGUCUGCUCCAUCAAGCAAAGGGCCUCGGCUACGGUGUCUUAUACAUUUGAUGAGAGAACUUGGGGAGCCUGACAAUGAACUUGUUGAGCAAGUGAUACCAGAAGCUGUCCUUUGCUGUAAAGACAUAAAUGAACGUUGUCGAACUGCUGCUUAUGCGCUGCUGGUUGAAGUUGGAGAAGCCAUGCGGAGAUGGGCACACAAGCCAGACGUUGAUGUGCUCCGAGACUACAUGGGACUGUUGAUGGUGGGCCUAGCAGGGCAACCAAGAAUGGCAUCUGCAUCUUUGUUGGCUCUCACUAAAGUUAUCCAUCACUUGAAAGAUAUAAUUCCGGUUGAUUUGGUUGAGCAAAUGUUGGACAAUGUUUGUCUUCUGCUGCUGUCCUCCACUCGUGAAAUUGUCGUUUCUUGUCUCAGUUACAUCAAGAUGUUUGUAACUUCCUUCCCACCAAGUAUUGUCACACCAGCUGUGCCCACAAUUGUAAAAAGUUUUGUAGGCAUGACAGAAGAUUGCAAACGACAUUUUAGACUGAAGACACGGAACAUACUUAGCAGAUUUGUCCGGAAAUAUGAUUAUGACACAAUAGCAAACAUGAUACCAAGCUCGGAUACUGUCAUGCACAAGCGAUUAAAGAAUAUACGAAAAGUUCAGUCAAAGAAGAAGCGUGAUAAAGAGAAAAGUGAGGUUGGGUCUUCUGAUGAUGAUGAUGAGGAUGAACAAUUCAAAAUAAAAGGACAACCAAAGAGUAUUGAAGAAAUUCUUGCAGAGUCAGAUGACUCUGACUUUGAAGAGCAUUCUGAAAAAAGCAAAGUUGUUUCUAAAAGGAAGAAACAACCAGGCACAUGGAUCAAAGAGGAUGAGGAGUCAUUCAUUGAUUUUACUGAUUCAUCGGCUGCAAAGAGAAUUACAGCAACAAAUCCACGUUCUGUAGUCUCAAAAGAAAUCAAGAGGAAGAAGGCAUCAUCAGAUUUCAAGGUUGCUUCUGAUGGGAGGCUAAUAAUUACAGAGGACAGUGAUGAUGAAAAUGAGUCUUCAAAUAAAUUUAAGAAGCUUCACUUGAGUGACUCAGAGAGUGGUGAUGAGGAUGGCGAGACCAAGAGUGUUGCAGCGUCAUCAGUUGGUCCCAUUGCUGGAAGAAAGAGAAGAAUGAGUGUUAGCACUGAUGCACAGAGUGAGCCAGCUAUGAAAUACAGAGCUGGAGGUACUGGCAUUCAUCGACCCGUGAAGAAGGCUGUGCUUAAAGGCAAAGGGAAAACAGCUCCUUCAGUGACCAUGGGAUCAGAAUAUCGUGCAAAGAAAGCUCAAGGUGACAUGAAGAGAAAGGGUCGUCCAGAUCCUUAUGCUUAUCUUCCUUUGUCUCGCAAAUUUCUUAAUAAAAGGAAAAAAGCAAAACAGUCAGGACAUUUUUCAAGUGUUAUAAAGGGUGCAAAGAAGGGGGCUAUGAAAGGAAGCAAAGCAAAGAGCAAAGGACUUAAAAGGAGGAAGUAAAAAUACAAAGUUAUGAACCUCAGAUGAAUGAAUGUGAAUAUACAGGCUGUGCUUUGACUGUACAUAUGAAGAAGUGUCUUAUUUAUAUUUAUGAUUAUCUCUUCUUGUGUAUAGACUUUUUAAAUAAAUGUUUGAUUGUGAAAACAAA